AGCCAAUGGUGACGCAGCCCCGCAGGCUCUGUAGCCAAUCGGCGGUUGGGAGCCCGGAAAGGAGCGUGGCCCAGUUAGAAGCGGCUGACGGCGCCAGAAAGGGUGAGCAGCGUGGCGCGGUGAGGCGGCAGGGGUUUUGAUAUGAACAGGAUUCGGAUCCACGUCUUGCCGACCAAUAGGGGGAGGAUCACCCCAGUACCUAGGUCUCAGGAGCCCCUCUCUUGUUCAUUCACUCAUCGUCCAUGCUCACUACCUCGUCUGGAGGGGCAGGAGUUUUGCAUUAAGCAUAUCCUUGAAGACAAGAAUGCACCCUUCAAGCAGUGUAGUUAUAUUUCGACGAAGAAUGGGAAGAGAUGCCCUUGUGCUGCCCCAAAGCCUGAGAAGAAGGAUGGGGUGUCCUUCUGUGCUGAACAUGCCCGUAGAAAUGCCCUGGCACUUCAUGCUCAAAUGAAGAAGAACAAUCCAGGGCCUAUGGGUGAAACUCUCUUGUGCCAGCUGAGCUCAUAUGCUAAGACAGAGCUGGGGUCUCAGACUCCAGAAAGUAGUCGCAGUGAAGCCAGCCGAAUUCUGGAUGAAGACAGCUGGAGUGAUGGGGAGCAGGAACCCAUUACUGUGGAUCAGACAUGGAGAGGUGACCCUGACAGUGAAGCUGAUAGCAUAGACAGUGAUCAAGAAGAUCCCUUAAAGCAUGCUGGUGUCUACACAGCUGAAGAAGUGGCCCUGAUCAUGCGUGAGAAACUAAUUCGCUUACAGUCGUUAUACAUUGAUCAGUUUAAACGACUUCAGCAUCUGCUCAAAGAAAAGAAGCGACGUUACUUACAUAAUCGCAAAGUGGAACACGAAGCUCUAGGUAAUAGUCUCUUGACUGGUCCAGAGGGACUUUUAGCCAAAGAACGAGAGAACUUAAAGCGUCUAAAAUGUCUUAGGAGGUAUCGUCAGCGCUAUGGAGUGGAAGCCUUACUACAUAGGCAGCUGAAGGAACGUAGAAUGCUGGCCACGGAUGGUGCUGCCCAACAGGCCCAUACCACUCGUUCCAGUCAGAGGUGCUUGGCCUUUGUGGAUGAUGUUCGUUGUUCUAAUCAGUCUCUUCCAAUGACCAGACACUGCCUUACCCAUAUUUGUCAGGACAUGAAUCAAGUUCUCUUCAAAUGCUGCCAGGGUUCUGAAGAGGUACCCUGCAACAAACCAGUUCCUGUAAGCCUCUCUGAGGAUCCCUGCUGCCCACUGCAUUUCCAGUUGCCUCCCCAGAUGUAUAAGCCCGAGCAGGUACUGUCUGUGCCAGACGAUCUGGAAGCCGGCCCCAUGGAUCUGUACUUGAGUGCUGCUGAGCUUCAGCCCACUGAGAGUUUACCUCUGGAGUUCAGUGAUGACUUGGAUGUUGUGGGUGACAGUAUGCAGUAUCCUCCUUCACCCUUGCUUUUUGAUCCUUCACUCACCCUUGAAGAUCAUUCAGUCAAAGACACUGUUGAAGUUCCCGUGGAUAUUUUGGGCCAGAUGCAGAUGGCUGGAGAUGGGUGCAGGUCGCAAGGAUCUCGAAAUUCUGAGAAAGCCUCUGCACCAUUGCCUCGAAGUGGAGUGGCUACUGCAAAUGGGAAGCCAGAGCACACUUCUAUCAGCUGAUAGUUUGUUUUGGGAACCAUUUGACUUUGGAGGAUUUGAAUAUCUCAUUUUUUAAAUAAGUAUUUCCGACCAUCUCUCUCUCUAAAGGACAACCCAGACUAGUUUGUUUUUCUUAUGGGUUAUUUCCUACUAUAGUCAAAUAGCCACUACAUUUUUGCAGAAGGGACCAAUAGUGUCUAAAAGUUGUGGGUGUCUUCCCACUUUGGGCAAGGAAGAGAGAAACAGGAGAACGCUGUCCGAGUUGCUGGGAUUGAGUGAAUAUUUGGGACUCUGCUUACCGGGAAAGCUAUCUUUGUAAGGGGGUUUCCUGAGUCUUGGAAUAAACCCAGAUGGGUGUUCAGGUGGGAGCUGUGUACUCUUCGGAUGUUGAUGGGCACAAUAUCUGGUUAUUGCUAUCUGACAGCUUGUGUUUUAGCCUUUUCUCAACCUCUCACCUAAUUGGGUAACCAUCCAUCUUGCUUCUGACCUAUGUAAAUUUCUGUGGUGACUAUCUUAUGUAAAAUACCAUAAAAAGUUAUUGUAUAUAGUUUCUAUUAAAUGUUAAAAUGUUAUGAAAAUAUAAAACAAUCACUUGA